AUGCUAGGAUUAAAGUCGGGGGACAUCAAGGUUCAAGUGGAGAAUGACAAUGUGCUAGUUAUUGGUGGACGGAGGAAGUGUGGGAAGGAGAAAGAAGAAACCAUGCGAGUGAGAAAGGAAAUGAGAUGGGGUUUGGUCGUUAUUGUUGAGAAAUUACCACCUCUUGAGCCAAAGAAGCCUAAAAGUAUUGAGGUCAAGAUUGCUUAA